AUGGCCGAGAAUGUACCUCCAGGAUCAGCAUCCGCGACUGCUCCCAUCGACCAACCUGGCCGUCCAUACUACGAGUCUCUAAAAAGCAACCUCCGUGCGACACUGGAGAAGAAGCGACGGCUCGAUGCGGAAUUGGCAGAUCUAGAGGACCGGAUACACAAGGCCGAGGGCGCCUACCUGGAAGAAACAUCCCACUCCGGGAAUAUAGUGCGUGGCUUCGAUGGCUGGGUCAAGGGAGUCGCCCUCGGUGCCGGCGGCAGGAGCGGAGACGACCGGCGGAGAGGUCGCAUCAGAGAGGAUGAUCGCGUCUUCAGUCGGAGUUCCGUGUCUUGGAUGAAGUCGCAAGAACCAGAAUCGGCCACAACAUCCCACGCGCCAACGCCCACGGGAAGCUUUGCGCCGCAGCUCGCACGUGGUGAUACGGCGAGCUCCACACCCGGCACCUCAUCUGGCAAAGUCCCGAACAAUAAGAAGAAGCGGCCGACGGACAAGGACGAAGAUGAGGAUGCCAAGUCUGUCAAACGUGGCAAGGUCACCGUUUCGAGCAAGGCGUAUGGAGUCUACGGAGAGCGCCACGCAGGAAAGGGCCGUUUGUCGCCCAGCUCCACCGUAGAGUCUGCGCCGCAUUCCCUCCCGCAGCCUUACAUCACCACAUCCGAUGGCAAUGUUGUCCAGCAUGUCGGGACCACGCCUCACUAG